UAUUGUGUGAAGUUAAUAUAAAUGCCGCGUAUUUUUUUUUUUUUUUUUUUUUUUUCAUGUCAUCUCAUCCCCAGCUUUUUCCGUAAUAAUCGAAAAAUUGAAGCGACAAAAAUUACCUACGAAAUAUAGCGAAACAAUCGUGCGUGAAAAAAAAAGACUAAAGGUAAAUUCCAUUUGCAGACCGCACCGAUGGUUUCUUUCCCACGUUAUUACGCGAAUAUUGUAUGCGCCCUGUCGAUCAAUUCUCCCGACACCUUUGAGAAAUUUUCGCUUUCGCGUGAAAUGCGUGCACUUCGCUACAAUUUACCCGAUAAUGUCGUAAAGACUAAGGGGGAAAAAAAUAAGAAAUGUGAAAUAAUCAAAUGGACCUUGAAGAAAGAGGGGAAAUGACUAUAAUAAUCAAGUGUAAGAAUCGGCUCGCAUCUACAGUCAGUUCUUUUGAGAUCUUCAAAGCAAAUGGAACAUUCCGAAGAGCAUUACUAUAAAUUCAAUCGAUUUCUUCUAUCGGUUAGCGGACUAUGGCCUUAUCAAAGCAAUUGGAGCGCUCGUUUAAUGAGAGUUGUUAUCUCGCUUUUCAUGCUGUCGUCUGCAUUCUUUCAGAUCGCGAGCAUGUUUACAUAUGACGUCACUAUGGAUUUUGUAAUAGAGGGGCUGCCAUCGAUUAUACUUACACUAGGUAAUCUGAGCAACUUGUACGCGCGUAUCAUACACAUUGCCAAAUAUAGAGAAUUAUUCGAUCGUAUAUCGAAAGACUGGGCGUUGCAAAAAACGUACGAUGAGAUCAAGAUUAUGCACGAGCAUGCUGAAAUCUCAAAAUUAUUCACAUUCUGUUAUAUGAGUAAGAGAAACAUUAAACGCUUUGUCUACAAAAGAAAAAGACAGGUAUCUCUGCCUGUGAGAUCGAGACUGUAUUUCUGUGUAUAAGAUUGCGGCAACCAUGUUUUUCAUUACAAGUAUCAAUAUUUAUCGUACACAUAACUUUCAAUGAGUAACAUGCGACAUUUCUUCUAUAGCCAAUUACAAUUUCACCUUUACAAAACAUUUAUUAUAAUUGCAAGUCAGUAAAUUAAAUGGAUGCGAAAUUUUCUAAGCAUAA